AUGUCGACCGCUUCACUUCGAACGCUGGGCGGUCUCUCGCGCCGCCUGCGCGUGCCCGUCCGAACCUUCACGACCACCGUGCGCCAAUUGGAGGCGCCCGCCGCGGCUCCCGUCGAGGCCGAGGGCUCCAAGGCCGUUACGCAGCAGGCUCCCAACAGGGUUGGUGUUUGGGCGAAGGGGCAGAGGCCGAGGGCUGAGGCUAUGACUGGGCCUAGGUUCGAGCAGACGGACUUUGCUGUGCAGCCUCAACCGUACGCGGCUAUCGAGCUCAUCCAUAAGCAGCCCGUGAGGUGGACGCAUGACCGGAUCGUUGCCUGUGAUGGUGGUGGCGGCCCUACCGGUCAUCCUAGGAUCUUUAUCAAUACCGACAAGCCGGAGAUUGCGACUUGCAACUAUUGCGGAAUCCCCUACGCAAACGAACACCACAGGAAACACCUCGAGUCUCUUCCUCAGACUUCCUACCCCCUUAAAUAA